AGGUGGUCAGCAGAGAGAAGCAUGCCCACACUGCUAAAAGUACUAAUUGGUCUUAUGUAUCUUUGGCUGUAUUGGGUUUUUUUAUUGUCUGUAAGUCAUAAUCAUCAACAAUAAAAUAAAUAAACACUUAAAAUAGAUCACUCUGUGUGUAAUACAUCACAUUUUUUUCACAAUUUGAACUGAAUUACUGAAAUAAAGUAACUUUUCAUUGAUAUUCAAAUUUUUUGAGAUGCACCUCAAUCCCCAAGCAGCAUGGGUUAGACAAUCCCAAGACUCUACAAUUUUCUAAUUUUGCACUGUAGAUAAAAAAAACAGACCUAUUUAACAAACUCUCUUUCUCUCUCCUGAUUGGUGCAGCUGUAAUAUACCUGUAUGCUGUUUAGUGGAGACAAAGGCCUUCCUCUCCUGAAUCACGUGAGAACUUUUAUACCCCAGCAGAACUGACACCCAUCUCCUGCUCACACCAUCUCACACACACUCCUACACUCCUGCUGUAACGGGUGUAUGAGAGUCAGGUCAGCAUUAAACAUGCCUCACAGGUGGGACUCUAGAAUGAAUUUCCAGGACCAUCUGAGAUAUUUAACCAUCACCCAGCUGAGGGAGCUGCUAGAAGACGAGGAGAGUAUUCAGUGCUUCAUCAGCAACAGCAAGAAGUUGCAGGAUCUAUGGCGGCAGAAUGAAUUUAAAUGGGCCUUCAACCGUCGGCUUGCAGAGCGAAACCUAUCUUACCAACCGUUUCUCAAAAACAGCAAACUGCUAUUAGCAGAGAAGUAUCAACUCCUUGGCCGAGUGAUAUCUUCAAUAAGACGUAAACACAGACAGUUGGGUAAGUAUCUCUUAAGGAGAACCAGCAUUGCUUAUUCCAGUGUUGUGCUGAAUUUAGUACCCCCGGCAGGACAAGCACCCCCUCUCGGGAAGAUCUUGAAUGGACGGCUGAGUCUCAAGACCACCCAGCAGAUUCUAAAGCAGAAGGCUGUUCAGCUCAUGGUUGAAUCUGAGAGACUUUGGCUAAAGUUUCUCGAGGGAAACCUGCUGCUGGUGGAUUUUUUGACGCUGUUUCGAAGCUCUCGGAGGUUCUACUACAAACUCCAGAUUCAAGUAGAGAAGAUUCAGGACCUCGCAGAAAACUUACAGAGAAAAGAACAGCAGACCGCGAGAGCAGCGUCCACUCUCAGGCUUCUUUCUAAUGAUCUUCUCUUUCCAAACGCGGUGAAUGUGUUCUACAGCCUCUCUCCUCUCCUCAUGCUGCCCACCACCUUCCUGCCUUUAAUGAGGCCAGAAGUUAAACCAUCAUACCUGCCUCCUCUUAACCAUCACAGUGAUGAGGGUCUGUGGAUGCCUUUAAUACCCGUCACUAAUCCCAGCCAGACACAAGAACUUCAGAGGUGUUGGCCUCCAGAACCAGACCCUUUAAAACAGCAGAGAGAAACUAAAGACAAACGACCAAAACAUUCACAAUAA